AUGGCGCAAGCAUAUGACAAACACUGGCGUGAGGUGCUCCCUCGGCUCCUCCCGCCUCUCGAGGUGCUGCCGCUUGCAGAGUUCAAAAGGGUGCUCAGUCACGACCCAUUCGAGGACAUCCCGUGCGAGGUCAAUUCGACUCUGCAAGACAGCAUGACACCCUCAGUCCCUUGCCCAGAGCCCAACCCAGACCCUUUUGAUAACUUGAAGAGCCUGCUGUAG